AUGUUGCUCCCUUCUGCCAUCACAUGCGACGUGCGCCGGUCGUCUCGCUUUACUCCCAAUCGCCUGUUCUCAACACCUCCCCCAGACCGAGGAUAUCCUGCUGGUAAUGGCUUACUGGGGACCUGCCGUGCGCUACAGUCGCUUCUGAAUGGAUCCCCGGCGCCCUCUGCGCGGCGCUCUGCCAAACCCCAAAGGCUGCAAAGUCCUCUUCCCAUCAAUCCUCCGCGCCGGUCACCACGGACGCGCAAAGUCGUUCGGCCGGCGUCGCCGCGUCCAACUCCUCCCCCUACUGAUAUCGCAUCUACUCCCCCUCCACCUCCAUCGGCACCUGCGCGCGGCGCAAACAAGCGCCGUCGCGCCGAGUGGGAUAACGACGACAACGAUAACGACCUCGGUUACCCCAUCUCUACACCCAAACGCCAGCGACACGUUCCUUACGACCUGCCGCUUGGCCUCUCCUCCACUGAUUUCUACUCUUUGCAUUCGCCACCGAUCACACAAUCCCCUCCUUCUCCCGCACAGCGCCUACGCGCACAAGAAUCCGUCGCGCGCGUAGAUCCGGAUACCGUUCUUCCCUCAAUCGAAGAACCGGACGAGUCGGCCGCUCCGUCACAAUGGACAGACGUGGAAGAUCAGCGCCUCGUUGAGGUUGUGCUCGAGAAGUUCCGUCUUUCCCAGCAUGAAUGGGACGAGUGCGCGCGUCAGAUGGGUCAUCGCAAUCGCGCCGACCUGGACCGGCGAUGGCACUCCCUCGUCGCGCAGGGGCGGGUUGGCAUGCGACGCCAGCUCUGA